AUGCUCACCCUGAUGAAAUCCGCUAGCCUCGAAGGAUUCGCUUCUAUGGUUACCGUGUGGUUCUUUGGUGUUCUCUUAACUUCGUUAUCCUCAAUGUCAAAUACGGACAGCUCCUUUUACGAGAGUGUAUAUCUUUCCAUCGCAGUCGCCAUAUUUGUCACAUUAUUGAUUCGAAUCAUGGGUCCCCUGACUGGAGGACACGUCAGCCCGAUCGUCACUAUAUCUUUUUGCGUGGCUGGAAUUACACCACCCAUCCAGGCGCUUUAUUAUCUAUUUGCCCAAAUGAUUGGAGCUACUUUUGCUGGUAUACUACUAGCGCUCAGUUUAGGUUCCAGGGCGAGUGAGAUAGAGAAUUACGGAUGUUACUUCAAUCCUACACCACAGUUCAAUGCGCUCCAUGUCUUCAUAUUUGAAUUCAUGGGGGCUAUUUGCGUCAUCGCAAUGAUGUAUGGCCCCCCGGAUCAAUAUUCUUCUCAGCAGAUCACCCCAAUCUUGAAUAGCCUGACUCUAGCAUUGUUUAUCUUUGCAACAUCUGAUUUCGCCCCAGUCAAAGCAUACGGAGGUACGAAUGGCUUUCCUACAAGAUGUUGGGCGAGCUCGGUCGCAAUAUUCAAAUUUGAAUCUACUGAUUGGAUAUUUUGGCUACCAGCCAUGUCAGCUGCAGCCCUUAACGGUCUGGCUUAUCGAUUCUUGAAGCCGUGCGUAGAAGAAACUGCGACUGCCGACCUUCCGAAUUUGGCGAACGAUUUCAUUUCUUCGAACUCGGUAGGCGUUGCAAAAUCCAAUGUGAUCAUUCAGAUGGAUGAAGCGGAGUGCCCCAAAGGCAGAGAAAAGUCCUGA